AUGUGUCAAUUCGAAGUAACUCGUUUCCACUUCAAAUGUGGGCAUAUCUGUCACUACACCUUCCCCUCCCCCAACCCAGACUGCCACGAAACCAAGCACCAAAAGUACUUCCAGUACGAAAACCGCUGUCUGGGCUGUCUAGGAGGUGGCACUGGUACCGUUAAGGAAACCAUCACUUGCGGAGCCCAUACAGAUCUCGUAGAAGCAAAGUUCACUAUGGCGAAGAACCCUGCAAACUUCUCUUUGCCAGAGCUUUGCCAGCGAAGGUCUAAUUUCCUCGCAGAAAUCAACGUCCUAAUCACGCUCAAGUGUAAGAAGGAUUUUCAGAGCUUGGUCGUUGUAGAGGAAAUGAAAGGUGUCCACCCCAAGGAGAGAAUCUUCUUCAUCAGCGAGAAUGCCCGCUCAUGUUUUCCUCCGUUCUUCAAGAAAGUCCCAGUCCCUGCGUAUCUCUCCCCAGAGUACCUCGCCCCAGCGAUACGCCACCGUAGCUGUGCGGCUUGCAAGAAUUCCCGUCAAACUUCAGCCAUGUCAGCGGAGUUGUGUCGACAUGCUGGGGAUGCACUGCACUCGCUUCCAUGUGACUGCGGCGCUGUAUUCUCGCUUGGAUGUUUGGAGACUCAUUUCUCAACUGGUUCGAAUGCAUGUCCUGCUUGUGAUUGGGAGUUUAGAAUCGUGAGAGAUUCUGAUAUCCCGGUUAUGACUGAGGAGGACGUACUUUCUGAGGCUCUUCAAGCUACGGUUUUUUGA